UGACGUCACAUGACGCAGGCGCCCCACAGGGACUCUUCUGAGCAGAAAGAGAGAGAGAGAGAAAUGUCGAAGUUAACAUGAGCGCGUUUUAAUACAGAACAGGAAGCAAAGCAAAGUGAAAAAAAGAUACAUACAGGUUUUUAUUAAUAAAGCCCAGGGACGUUGGGUAAACUUCUUUAGAGAGCUUUAGUAGUGAGGUUUCAUUUUAUUCUAGGUUUUAACCAUGGUGGGAAACGAGAGGAGGAUUUUUUUGUGCUCGGGACUUGGAUGAAACUAAAAAUUAUUUCAGCACUAACGGAGUAGUAGAAGAAGAAGAAGAAGAAAGCGACGACGACGAAGAAGAAGAAGAAGGCUUGCUAACCAUUUUAGCCUAACUAACUCAUAUUUACUAGCUUCUACACUUGUCAUAUUCCUAGUCCAGGUGUUAUAGAUAUUUACACCUUCAUCAUUAAAAUUAAAAUACAUUUAAUAAUAAUAAUAAUAAUAAUAAUAAUUAAACCAGCCAGUGAGUGCCUUAGCGUUGGUUAGUGUUGCUGAUAAAAAAAAACAACAAACAAACAAAACGGCUAGCUUGCUAGUUAACAACAUUGCGGCGGCUAACAUGGAGGAAGAGGUGCAUGUAUGUGUUAGCAUCAUCGCAGCACUCUUAUAUAAUCCGACUAAAACUAAAUCGCGCUCGUUUUCGUCCAGAAAAACGACUUUUGGCUUCGUUUAGAGGCAGAAAUGCGGGUGUGGGUUUGAUUUGGUGUGCAAACAGGAUCAACGCAAACAUGGAUUCCAACCCUCUCCUAAGUGCCAUGGACCCGUCCAUCACGCUGUGGCAGUUUCUGCUGCAUCUCCUGGAGGACCAGAACCAGCGGCACCUGAUCUCCUGGACGUCCAACGACGGCGAGUUUAAGCUGCUGGAUGCCGAGGAAGUGGCGCGCCUCUGGGGGCUGCGCAAGAACAAAACCAACAUGAACUACGACAAGCUGAGCCGCGCGCUGCGCUACUACUACGACAAGAACAUAAUAAAGAAAGUAAGCGGUCAGAAGUUCGUCUACAAGUUCGUGACCUUUCCUGACCCGAACUCGGCCGACGGCCUCAGAAGCCCCGAGGAUGCCCAGCGGCUCAUCGGCGGAGAGAAAGCAGAGGCGUCUGCCCAAUCCAAAGCUGCGGGGGGCUCCAGUGCCGCCGUGGCCUCCCUAUCCAAGAGCCUGCAGCCUCAGCGCUCGUCCCCUAGCACGGUGCAGCGCAGCUCCCGCAAUGACUACAUGAAGUCAGGGCUUUACUCCACCUUCACCAUCCAGUCCCUGCAAACGCCCUGCAAGAGCUCCAGCAAAGCUGUGAAAACGGAGCUGCCUGUGGAGAACACGCCCAAACUGAGCAGCAGUGAGCGACCACUGCAAGAGAUGCUGGUGUGUCAGACAGAAGCUCAGCAGGCGGCAGCGGUCACUCCGUCUACAGUGGACAGCAGCGGUCUGCAGGUGAUAGUGACACAACCUUCACCCUGCGCCACUCCCGCCCUCAGCCCACAGACGCCCUCCGCCUCUGCUGCCGCCCCUACGAACGGGCAGUCGCUGAAGAACCAGGGACUCGCCGAUCCGCCUCAGAUCUACCUGACGAGCGUUUCAGACCCCGGCUCGCUGACUUCGCUGAUCCAGGUAGCCGGUAGCGACUGUGUGGUCAGCUCUCAGCAGGGUCACCCUGUGUUUGUGGUCAUAAAGCCUCCACCUGUCGGGGAAGCCAAAGAACCGAACAUGGCUUCUGGAGAAGACCUGCUGGACAUCGUGGACCUGGACGUCAAACCCGAAGCUGAGACGAUCCCUGUGUCCACUCCCUGUGUUACGGAGGCCGCAGUGUCUGUCGAUGCCUCUCCACCCUCCUGCCCCGAGCCCGUGGUACAGCCGGUGGUAGAAUCCGAGCAGAACGACGAGUCUCAGCAACCUGUGGAGGACACAAGCUCCACCGCAUCCACACAACCAGCCUCCGCUCAGGAAGCGCAGCCGCCCAAGUCCAAGAAGCCUCGCGUGCUCGAGCUUCCCUCGUCCCCCUCGCCGCUCCCUCCCGGCCUCACUCUGGAUAAAGUCAGCGCAGCGGUGAACAGCCUGCUGGCCCCAGGCAGCACCACAAACACCCUCACACCCACCGUCAUCACCUCUCAUGCCUUGACUCCGGUGUUGUUGACGCCGAGUCCCCUCCCGUCCACCAUCCACUUCUGGAGCACGCUGAGUCCCAUCGCCCCGCGCAGUCCUGCCAAGCUCUCCUUCCAGUUCCCCUCUAACGGGAGUAAUCAGAUCCACAUCCCAGCGCUGAGCGUGGACGGACUAUCUACUCCCGUCGUCCUGUCCCCGGGCCCUCAGAAACCCUAGACGUCCCCGUCCCUCACCGGCCCUCGAGACGACAGGUAACACACAGCCAGCACUCUGCACAGCGAGUCCUGAUUGGUGCUCAGCUGAGCAUCUGGUCCAAUGGCAGACGAGCAGGAUUGGAUUACACCCUCAGGCUGGCUGUGUGAUUGGCUGAAACAGGAAACUCCGUCUUUCAGCCUCAGACAAAAAAAAAAAAAAGGUGCCAUUUUAUAGACCACUCAAGUUCAUUUCUUCCCUCUUUAUUCUUUCAUACCCUUACCAUUCUGUACAUUUAUUUAUUUUUGUCGUCUCAACAGAGUAGAUAUUAUGGUGCGUAUUUUAGUUUCCUUUUCAAGGAAUUUUGUUUGUUUGUUUGUUUGUUUGUUUGGAGUUUCCACCGUUUGAGGUCUCAUCUUUUCUCACAUGUGAGACGACUCAUCACGAAGCAGACCUUGGUUCUUCAGACUUCAUUUCUUAUUUUGUUAAUAAGGACGUAAAGCUGAAAUAUAUCAGAAGACCGCCAGGUGGCAGUGAAGACACACUUCCUUAUUUUCCACUUCUGAACUUGCAAAGCAUGACCUUUUUUUUUUUUUUUUCUUUUCUUUUUUUUUUUUUAAGAUUGAAACUAAACACACGUUUUUAAAAAGAAUUGUAGAUUUUCCUCAUGACUGACUACAUGGAAUUUCUUUUGCAAAAGAGGCAUUUAAUUCUCGUGGAAUGAAAAGGCCAUCUGUGGGAAUUGUAGAAGCGGAAACGGGAAGACGGCGCGUGAUCCGCCGGAUCAUCAGCUCCCCGUCAUGACGCAGAAUGUAUCGAUGUUCCUUUUUGCCGCGAUGUCAUUUCUUUCCCUCUCGCAUUUACUCCCAUUCCAGUUCGAACCUUCGCUUUUGUUUUUGUUGUUUGUUUUUUGUUGUUUGGUUUUUUUUUGGUCCUUGUUCGUCUUCAGCUAUGUUGUGUCGAAACCUUUGUAGUUUUUAUAUCCGAUAAGCUUUUCAGUUGUUGGUUUCAGAAGAAAAAAAAAAAUGCCAGAGGAGACCAAAGACCAGCAAUUUGUACCGAAUUUAAUGAGCAUCUCUGUAUGUGCUGCACAUCUCUCUCUCUCUCUCUCUCUCUCUCUCUCUCUCUGUCUGAUUUUCUCACGUUGUCUCCGUCUGUUUCUACAUGUAUCACACAAAAGGGCUACAGGACUCAUCACACUACCGAAACAUCAACUCUCUCCGCUUUAUCCUCAGUGACUGGCGUUACACGAUAACUGACAACGAUUUACUUUAUUGUUCUACAAAGAUAUAAAUGUCUCCGUUUUCUUUUUACUCGCGUCAGCCGAGUUCGGUGUCACUCCGCAUUUCUUUUCUGUGCGUUUUUAAUCCAAUUCAUAGGGAAAAGUCGAGUAUUUCUGAAACGAAACUCAAUUCUCACCUCCAAGCUGUGAACCGUGUUAUUUUUCUGUUUUGUUUUGUUGUUGUUUUUUCCAACAUGAAAGUGGAGACAAGCAAGUGUGCUGCCGCUGUUUUGUUUUUUUUUGUUUUUCUCUCUCCAGGUCUUUCUUUUUUUUUUUUUUUUUUGGGAGCAUACAAAAGCACAAUGACACUCUGGAUUGUUGCAGCUCAGUGGAAAAGCUGUUCACGUUAUUUGAGCAGAUGUGUCGUACAAUCAUACCGUUCUUAGUACAAAUACACACACACACACACACACACACACACAGACGGCCAUUUUUCAAGUACUUUAGUACAUAGUGUAUAACCAGGUAAACGUUUAGUCCCCCCGCUCCCCCCUGGACAGUAAGACGCUGUAAUGCUGCUAAGUGUAAUGCGGCUGUAUUUCAGCCAAACGUAAUCACAACUAAAUGCGACAGAGACAUCGUAACCUUACAGCGCGGUGAAAGGAAUUGUGGGGAUUUGUGUCUCGACCCGAAGCAGCGUAACUCUUACUUUUCUCUAACAGCAGCUCAGCGAUUAGUCAGCGAUUACGCUUUGUAAUUCAUCGACGAACGGAAACUCGUACUCCGUCAUACCUCGCCUUUUAUAGUUACGUUUAGUGUUGUGGAACGUCCGUGAGACGAGUUAUUUCCUGUCAUCACUUCUUUCACCACCCUGAUUUUUUAUUUUUUUUUCUUCUCGAAAACCUGCAAAUCAUUAACUCCUCCAUCCUGACGACUUCCCCAUGGUGGAAAACUUACUGACAUUUACAUAGCUCUGACACUGGAGACUCCUUCCGUUAAUGUUUAAUAAGCGUACCGUCGCACAGACCUUCGUAAUAUCGACGGUCGUGCGUCCGUCUCUAUUAAAUGACGCGUUCUUUGUUAUUAGCUUCUCGAUCACGUCGAUUAGUCUGGCGUACGAGUCGUUACUAUAGAAACCAUAACGUAUUAAAGCGAACACAUUCAUAUAAACCUGUAGUUUACGUUGAAUCAACGCCCUGUGACCAAUCGGAUUUGAGACACGUCAGUAUUGUAGAAUCGUGAGGCACGUAGACCAAGUAGACGUAUUCCGGAAGCUAAUAGGGGGAAAAUGCUUCGGGUUGUGUGAAAAAAAAAACCAUUAAUACUCUUGCGACGUAACGUACAAACUGGACGUGCGAGUACGUCAGGGGCUUAGAUGUACAAUUUGUCUUUCGUGAGCAAUUCAAAAUGGCAAAACUGACUAAGGAUUUGUGACUUAUAAAUGAAACAUAAAGUUUACAUUUUUGUAAAUCGACCGUUAAACCCUUUUUCACUUUUUUUUUCUUUUUUUUUUCUUUAGCUUAAUGUGGGCGCUUCAUUAUUAGAUUUGAACCUUUUAUUUAACCAGCGUAGUGACGUUACGGCAACACUUUCACGUAUUUAAAACGUGUAAAUGAAAGUCACGGUUAUGAAAUGGAAACCUUACAAUCGAAACUAAAUCGGAAUCUACGUUCUUAUCUCUAUAAUGCAGACGUACAGCAUGCUACUGUAGAUAUUUUUAAAAAAUAAUAAAUUAGACACCGUUUGUAAGCCAAUGGGACGUUAUUUUCCUUUUAUUCGACUGACUGACUCAGUUGAACCUCCGGUUAAAGAAAGGUUGAAAAUCAACGCGCGUAUUUUAAAACUCGUCGCGGGACGUCUGUAAAGUACGCGUAACGUGUGGGAUUUUUAAAAGCACUUACUUCCUGCGUAAACGGGAAACAUUUUGGCGAAUCCUGAUGUCGGAGUCGAACUCUACGCCCUAAACGAAGUCACAGAUUUGCCUUAUUUUGUCUAGUACACGUCGUUCCAAUGAAAAGCUCGAACGUGACGAAGAAACAAACAUGUACGUAGAUUUAUUUAUUUUUCCUUCCGUCCUUCCUCACGGUAUUCACGAGGGCGUGUCUUACGGUCCGGAAAAUAAAUCAGUACUUCAGGUGCGAGUUAAGGCGUACGCCGUACGGUAUAUAAAUUGUAUAAAUUUUAACGACCUUUUGUAUGUACAAGACGUUAAAGAAGAACCGAACCACAAGUGCACUGUAUCAAUACGAGCACUGAGUAUCCUAUCAAGACCCACAAAGCCAAUUUCAUGUUUAAAUGAAGUUCGUAUUAAACACAUCUGCGUGCACAUGCUCCGUUUGAUGACGUUAUUUCCAGUUUAACGACAACAGUGAAGUCAGGCUCGGUAGCUAAGUAUCUAGCUAGCUAUGUUGCGUUGUUGGUGUAUUAAUUAUUAUCAGAGAACGUUUCACAUCAUUGUGCUAAUAUUCUGCCUCAAUUUUUGUCCUCAGUGUCCUUUAGACCAAGGACUUCUUUUUCACCUUGAUUCACGUCGUGUUUUUUUACGGCGAUCCUUUCGCUGUAUCUAUAUCUGCACUUGUUUCCAUGCGUUUGCGACUGUUUGAACCAGGUGUCGAGGCAGUGCUGUCGAUUUUGACCUUCUCCUGGAACGUCGAUGUUUUUCCGUCCGUGCUUUAUGGUCCCUGGGUUAGAACUGUCAUUUCCGAAACACAACACAACACACCUCACUAGCAGAUUCGUACCGAAGCCUCGUCUCGGACGGUCGGGAAUCGACACCUCGGUUCGCGUUCGGUCGUAGAAAUGAUACGCGCUCGAGCUCGCAGGAUUAGACGGUCAUGUACGUGAUGUAAAACCGACCGGAUCUCGUUUAUACGCCUGUGUCUGAAAUCGAAUUCGUGUGAAACAUAACGAGCAAGCUCUUUUUUUCUUUUUUCUUUUUCUUUUAUUUAAAAAGAUCAAUCAAAUGAGUACUGUUAGUGUAAACUGAUACCUUUACCCGGCUCUUACCGAUGAGGACGAGUGAUAAAAGCCAUUUCAUACGAAUAAUUAUUUUAAUUUUUUUCAUCAUCGAGGCGCUUCGCUCAUUUGUGUAUUCGGGCAAGUGAUUCAAAUGCAAUAUUUGAUUUGCCACUGUGAUCAUGAGUAUUUUUGUCCUGCUUGAUGGGGAGUGAUGCGUUUUAAUGUUUUAAGAAGGACGGAUUGAACGCAGGACGUGCGCGGCACGUUUACAGGAAGUCAUGUGUUUUAUAGAAUUAAAGAAUGAGGAUUACAGGAAGAGGGCUGGACUUGCUCGAGUGGCGAUUUUGUUUCUGCACGUCUUUCUGUAAAGUACUGCGUUCAUUUUUUUUUAUUUUUUUUAAAUCACUUAAGCUUUUUACACUUGACUGUUCUCCAAAGAGUCGUGCUGCCACUUUUACCAUCAGUAGUCAUGGACCCCAUUAACACCGAUCAAUGCGCUGAUAACGUGCUGCAUACACCAUACUCCAGAAUUAGCCUUUUCGUCGUUCGCUUCGGUGUAAAGAAGAAAAGCCAUACUUCUUUCCAUUGUGGCGUGAGUCCGAAUGAACGCUUACUGUAUUUAUUCCGUUUUUAUAUAUCAAUCUGCUAGACUGUACAUGUCAGAGCGCCAUCAUUUGACAUAUUUCCUUAUGCAUGAUCUUGCUUCGGAUUGCAACUCUUCUUGAAAGGAUGGGAAGGUUUUUAGAAGGCGUCUGGGUUUCGUAUCGUUUUUGGCCUAAUUCUUAAACUUCAGGGUGGCUGGAGUUGGUUUCUUAAAAAAAAAAAAAAAAAAAAAAAAAAAAGAAGAAGAAAAAAAGCAGUGAGGUUUUCCUGGGAAAGGUUGCCAGAGCUGUUCAGGACCAAUUGUAAAUUCAACUAUAGCUUUGUAAAUGCUAAGUUCAGCUGCUGUUGCUUGUGUUAAACCAGCUGCCUCGGUGUGAUCUGCAUUUCUGAAGAUUUCGGUUCCAACCCUAAUCGUCACCUCGUUAGAUUUAUCGGGCUCGGAAUACUCAAUUUAUCCAGCUGUUCGAGCUGAUCCGGCGUCGUCCGGCCGUUCGAGCCGAUUAAGCUGAUCAAGCUGCAUCCAGCCGAGCCGGUCAAGCUACAUUGAGCUGAUUAAUUCAAUCAACCUGCAUCCAACCAAUCAAGUACAUCAACCUGUGUCCAGCUGUUCAGAUGUCAUCCAGUUGAUUGAACUGAUUACAUUUUGUCCAGCUGGUCACAUGAUGUGCAGCAGACUGAGCUGAUCAGAUAUCGUCCAACUGAUCAGUUCCGUGAAUUUGCCCCAGCUGAUGAAGCUGAUCAGACUUUGAUCAGCCAGUUUAGCUCCUCAAACUUUGUCCAGCUGUUUGAACUGCUCACUGUUAGCGUAGCUGUUCAAGCUGAUCGCAUUCAGUCCGACCGAUCGAGCCGGUCAGACUGUGUCCAGCCGAUCAACCUUCAUCCAGCCGAGUGAGCCGAUCAAACUCUUCAAGCUGAUCAAAAAUCGUCCAGCCUAUAGAGCUGAUCGAGCUCCAUCCAGAUGAUGCAGUUGUUCACGUCCAGCUCGUCCAUCUAUACAAAGUUUCGAGGCAAAUACAGAAGCUCUUUAAAAGGACUGAUCACACAAUGAGGCUAGUAGUAGCUCCACGGUUAAGACCUUGGGCUACUGAUUGGAAGGAACUCGUUCGUAUCUUGUCUCAAUUGGAAAUGGCUUUGGGUAAAACAGAUACUUUUUUCUUUUGUUUAAAAAAAUUCUGGAUUAGGGUUGGAGCUCAAGUCUUCAGUGAAGAUAUUUCUCCAUGGGCAAGGUUGGAGAUCCUGUAGCUAAUCCGAAUACAAUCAAUGCUGUACAUCUUGAAGCUAUGAUGACUGUUUAAGCACUUAUUGUUGUACUCUUGAGCACCACGUUAAAAGGAACCAGGCCUUAAUAUUGAAUGUCUUUUUCAAAAUAAUAAUAAUAAUAAUAAAACAACAACUGGGAUUGUCUUUACUGAUUACCAUCAUGGUGAAACGUCAAAUUAGCACUUUACUGUUCCAAGUUCCACGAUUAUCUUAUUGUUUUUUCAAAAGGGAUAUGAGAAUUUUGUAAUCUGACUGUAUAGUAUGAAUUCUACAUCUUGAAGAAAAAAAAAAAAAGAAAAAAACAAACGUUAAUUAAUUACAGGAUGAUUCCCCCCCCUUUUUUUUUUUUUUUUUUACCUGAACCAAAAUUGUGCUAAAAUUGUACUUGUGCAAGUUUUAAUUGUGCAAAGUUGUUACCAGCAUGCGCUUAAUGUUGUAGUAAUUUCAACUUUUAUGCAAGUGGGCGCACAUGUUCUGCACACGCACACGCACACACACACACACAAGCACACACUUACAAAAAGCCAUUUAUUGAAUUGAUGUAAGCAUUGAAACAGGCAGUCCUGCAGGUCUGGGACCGUUUUUUAUGGAAAUGAAAGAGUUAAAUGAAAGAGUUUGUAUCCAUAUUUAAAAUACCAGCAAAGAUUCAUACGAACUCAAAUGUUGCCAUUUGUUUUGAAAAGUUACUGCUUAACGAUGUCCGUAGGCGUGGAUAAACGUAGACCCGCUCGGUUUCGGAUAUUUCUCGGCGUUUUAAAGAGUGUGUUUUGUUGGGUUUUUUUUUUUUUUUUUUUUUUCAGGAAUCAGAAACGAAUUGUGGGUGGCUCAAAACUGUUAAAGACUUUUCUUUAAAAAAAAAAUAAUAAUAAUAAAAAAAAAAAAAAGACAACAAAAUUGUCUUUUAAAAAGUUCCUGAAGCAUCCAGUACUUUCUGCUGUUGUCAGGUGUGUCUCUGAACCUGAGUUUUCUCUUUAAACUGUUCUGCUAUUAAAUGGUUUAGUAUUGAAUAAUGUGCUGCGAUGUCUUUGUGUUUAAGAAAAAAAGAAUAAUAAUGUGUCUGAACGUUCUGUAGUGCUAGUCCUGACCGAGUGUGGGACGUGGAUUUCAGAUCUCUUUCUUGGCCUCCCUUUCCCGGACGAGACCUUCUCUCUGGGAGUUUAUUUAUAAAAAGGGACCUAGGGGCCUUUUAUUUUUCAGAACUGUCCAAAUAUGAUGAUGAUGAUGAUGAUGAUAUAUUUACUGGAAAGAGACGAGAUUAUUUUUAAUCUGCACAUUCUACUUGGUUUGUGUGUAUGUUAUAGAUAUUAAUCAUGUUUUCUAAAGGAAUAUGGAGCAAAAAUAUUAUAUAUAUAUAUAUAAAAUAAAACGUAAAUAAAAUGCUAUUUUGUUCUUUA